AUGGUAGUAAAACCAGACGGUACCAAAUGGGCCUGCCAGUCAUGCCUGAAAGGUCACCGAGUUAGUGGCUGCACCCACACUGAUCGCGAGCUGACCCUCGUUCCCAAGAAGGGUCGUCCGGUCACACAGUGCCAACACUGCCGCCUCGAGCGCAAGAAACGCUCCGCCCACGUCAAGUGUGACUGCGGCGAGGCGGAAAAGCCGCAUCAUCCCAAGGAGAAAUGCAUCCACCUGCGUGAAGCCGAAGAGCGCGCAAAGGCUGGCUUCAGCGAACCUCUGAAAAAGGAAGAUGCCCAUCACCUGAUUGCGGUCGCCGAGGAGCAAGGCUGCUGUUGCCAUCACGGCGGCAAAUGCUCAUGCUCGCUCAUCAAAAAGGAGCCGUCCAGCGAUGGCGGCACGCCUCCUCACGGUCCUGCUGUGCCUAAACCGCGACUCGAGACGACCAAGUCGGAUGGAUCUCUCACCGUCUUUGCCAACGGGCACCACAAACCCGUCCACAAGAGAAAUCACGCCGCCCAUGAGUGUGGUAUGCCGUACAAGAUGCCCAUGCCAAGAGCGCAGACCGAACAAAACAUCAACACCCAGGCUCGCCGCUCCGUAGACAGCCUGGCACUCGACAGCAACAUGCCAUGGAACCCUGCUGCCAUGAUUCAACAAGCCAAAGCAUCUCAACACAAGGAGCGCCGCAUGUCAAAAUCCGAACAGCCGUCGCCCAAACAGCCCCCACUCUCCGGCUGCAGUGGUGGUCUCUCCGAUAACAAGCUUUCUUCCAUCGACUUUAGCAGCCUUGGACCCAUUCAAACUAACCAAAGCUACGAUUCAGCCGCCAGCGACAAUGCAUUCCCGCCUCUUGAUCCCAUGUCGGGUAUCACGGAUGCUUCUUACGAUCCGUGGUCCGCCUUCCCUUCUGCCGACUCCAACGUCCCCAACAACAACCCCUUUGGUGUGUGGGCCACUGCCUUUGAUUUCAGCAAUACCGCACAGCCUGCGCUGACUGCAGCGUCUUCAGGCACGCAGUCCGAAAUCGAUGAACUGCCAACCAUGGAUGACCUCUACGGCUACCCAAUGCCUAGCAUCCAAGAAGAUAUGGGAAGCUUUGGUGAUGACAUGGCCGGUGGUGAUUCAAACAGCAACCGCCGCAGCCUGCCUCCCAAUUUCUUCGGUAACACCGACUUCACCAUGCCUGACUUGGCCAAUGACUGGCAGACUCCCGUCAACGGCUUGCCUGGCUCUGAUGAUGGCAAGUCAAAGUCGUUGGUCGAUGAUCAGUCACUCGGCUUGCCUGAAGCUUGGAAUACACCUACCAUGCCGUCGAUGACCAGCAUCGCUCAGCGCCCGGCAGUGCCAACCUCAAACCCAGGCCGUCCUCAGUCGCAUUCUGUCGGUCCUGGCAGCGCACCCAACGAUGACAUGAUCAGGUCGCUCUUUCCUGAGUUCGAUUUCGAGAACGCCAUGCUCGAAGGCAACAGCCCUACUGCAAUGGAGUCCUCAACCAAGAGAAUGGGCGGCAUGGCUAUGAACACCUCCGCUGAUGUCGGUCCCAUGGACGAGACCACCGCCUUCACCACCCAACCCUGGAGCGACGGUUCCCUGAGCGUUCCAGCCGACAACUUCACCAGUCCCUACAACCUCGACCAGGACUUUUCAAGUCAAGAUUUCACCGGCAACUGGUAUCAAUAA